CCUUUGCACUCUCCUUUUCUCCCAAAUAGAGAGAGGAAACCCAAUCUCUCUCUAAAAAUCCCUCUCCUAUCUUUCCUUUUAUCGCCGAUUUCUUCACGUUUCACGUAUAUAUAUCUACAUAUAUACGUAACAAUACAAAUUAUCUGUAUAUCACGCAUAUACAGAUACCUUUUGCGGCGGAUUCAACUGUUCGGUGGAUUUUGAUUUGCGAGUUAUGCAGGCUGAUCAGACAGUUUUAAGCUUGAGACCAGGUGGCGGCACGCGCGGCGGAAGCAGAGCAUUCGUCCCACGCUUUGAUUCAUCUGCGGCGCCGAAUUCCGAUCUGCCCGUGCUGCGUCCUCACGGCGGCGGUGCUGCUUCUUCUCUCAAGACUGGAGAAUCUCGAUUUGAGGGUCAUGAGCGGAUCCGUUACACUAGAGAUCUGUUACUUAAGCUAAGGGAGGUAAGGCUUCUUCUUGGUGCCCUUAUUCUUUAG